UUGUGGGAUACCCAGCGACCCUAUAUUGGAUAAAGUGAUUAGACAAUGGAUCUCCAUAUCACCUCAUUCAACACAUUGCCUGCUAACUGACUGCAGUUCCAUUCUAAAUCUGCAGAAAUGUAGGAUUUAAUGACUCCCUGUUAAAAACCUGCUGGAAUCUGGGUCUCCAGGAAAAACAGGACUGGGAAAUUCCCCUCUGGAUACACCGCAUGAGCAUCCCUGGCCUUUUGCAUAAUUAAAUAAUCGUAUGGUUUAUUUAUUGAGCCGGAAGCAGAAAUGUUAGCGAGCUCAUUAGCGCGAACAAACCCAUGAGGUCUGACGACUACACAACUGAAAUGAGUUCAGCACUAAACCCCGAGAAGUGAUUGACCUUUACUUGUUGAAAGUUUUUUUUUUUCCUCCACUCUAAAAACACAAGGGUUCACGUUUACCUCGAAACUGGUGGACAGAAAAAGAAAAUUGACAAAGGUGGGCAAUGAGUCUCGAAAGAAAAAAAAACGAAAAUGUCAGCUGUGGUUAACCUCAUCCUCGCACACUUGUAGUAUAUUCUGUGAGGAUGAGGGCGACGGCGAAAAUCUUUAUUUAUAUUCACGGCGUUCGUCUGUUUUAGAAAAUGAGCUGGAGCAGCCGUGGUUUCGUGUAAACACAACCUUGACCUGAUUCGCUCGCCUGUGACCACGUUUCGAAAGCACGAUUUGUGUUUAACAAACUGUUGUAGAAUAACUCGAGCCGUGACCUUUGAAAUUAAGUCAGACUGACGGGAGUGGGCAAUCGCACAGAUGAAAACAAGGGAGUGUGUGCCACCCCUGAGCACUUUAAUAUCUUUCUGUGCUCGGAGUCGGGACAGAAUAAGUGUGGGGUUUAAGGGCCACGCCUGGGUGAUAGCGUGUCGGUAUCCAAACAGGUCUGAAUGCCAUUCUCUCCUUCCUCUUUAUCUUUUCUUUAAAUUCUUCCCCCUUCUUUUUUUUAAAAAAAGACUUAUUAAAAUAAAUUGUUCAACUUCCUCCUUCCUCCUUAUUCAUCUUUCCCCCAGCUGGCUGACCAUGCCACCUUAGAAACAGUGACAUGAUUAUUAAUAACCAAGCUGUCAAGACCUUCUUUUAAGGUCUCAUCCUUGUGGAACCCCCUACAGCACAGUGUCCCCCGUGACCACUCUGGGACGUUAGUUUGGGCAUUCUGGUCCAGAGGGAACGGUCAGAUCGCCACCUACUGCUCUGCCAGCGUCUCUUACAGCAGCAACCUGGUUUUCAUCGAAGGCCUCUGAUCCCAGCACAGACGAUUAACACCGCCCCGAGGCCUGAUGAGUAUAGGUUAUGACCCAGCUAUAUUGAAAUAUUUCUUUCAAUAAAUACGGCUUUGAAUUAAAAAGAGUGAUUUUUGCUUUGGCUGCAGUAUCAAAGAGGAAGCACAAAAUGCUGCACGAGGCAAGAUGCAUUUGUGUUGCCCUUUCAAAACCGUUUCCGGGGGCUGUGAAGUCCUCCCUGCCCUUUCUUCUGCCCUUUGACUGACAUCCGAGUAACAUCCACGCUCUGGUCCCUCUCAAGGCGGCUGGGCGGCGCAGACGCCCGAAGUGCUGCAGCAUCGCUGGUCUGUGCCUGUGUGUGGGGAAAGGCUCAGCAGAAGCAGGGGCUGGUGUUUGCAGCCUGUGCUCUGGGAUGGAAAGGUGCUAAGUAACAUCAGGGGAGGAGGCCACAGGCCGAUGAAGUCUUCACUUUAAAAACCAAAUAGAGGAAGUGGUUUCCUUUGGGUCAGCAGUCUAAUACCAGGGUCUCUGAGUCUCUGCUCUGCAGUACAGUGUCGCUUAAACAGGGCUUCCCCUGUCCCAGGGAAAAGAGGACCCUGUGUUGUGCGUGUCGCGUCCAGGCUGGUGAAAUAAACUGCUGCACGUUGCACAGAGCUGUCCCAUGUUAAGUAGGUUUGUUUCAGACCCUCGCUGCCCUUUGUGUAAAGAAGUGUCCGCUGUUCUCGGUCUUAAGCUCGCCUCCACACAUCUCCCACGCGUACCCUCUAGUUUGUGUGUCACUGAAGAUUCUGCCUGUCAGGAUUUUGGACUCUAAAUUUGAAUCAGGUCCCCAUUUUAAUCUAUUUCCAUAAAGAGUUCCAAAAGCUGAAAUAGUGGAUUUGUUCUGUGAAAAAGAAGCUGUUUUUACUUUUCUAUACAGUGUUUUGAGUUAUUACUAUUUUAUGUGUUCUUUUUUAGUAUCUUCUGUCUCUCCUUCCUUUAGUUUAACCCCUUGUUGUGAGGAACAUAGUUAGAGGUUUUGAAUAUUCACUAUUUUCCUUUUCAUAAAUUAUUUUCAGAUGAAGCUCUCUACCAACACUUCACCUACAUGUUCUGUAACAUUUAAUCUGCAGUUUAUGGAUCAUGUAUUUUGGUUGGUUUAAAAUACAAUACAAAUAAGUGUAAAAAGAUCAUAAACUGUUUUAAAAAAGUUCCUAUAACAGCUUAGUUUAAGCUGUUAGUUUAGAUUUAGUCUAGAAAGUUUUUUUCUGCUGCGGUUCAGCAGUCGCCAGGAGGCCGUGUUUAUUACAGUUAAAGCCUUGUUCUGGGCUUGCCUUGUGUUGUGGGACGCGAGAGCUACUGUAGUAUAUUUGUACACCGUAAUCUCCUCCUACAGAUGGCCGAGACUGGAGAGAGUGGGUGGACCUGUUUGACUAAUGGACGUUUUUGUGUGUUCUUAUUUUAAAAAUGCUCUUAAAUGCAGACAGCUGCUCAACGAAGGGAGACUCUUUUUUUUUUUUCCCGCCUGUGACCUCUUAUUCAAACCGUAAGAACAGGAUGCUGUUGUGACUGUGGGUGGGGGGCUGGUUUUCAGCAAGUCCAGCAGUGAUCAAACUGCCCUGCUUGAGUCCGUCUCUGGGAAGGUUUGGAUCACUGAUUCCUGCUUGGCUGUGUUUGUGUGCCUGAUCUUGAGCUAGGAGACAGGUGAACAAAAAGAUGAGCAGAGGGGUUCCUAAUGAUUUACUGAGAUUCAUUAACCCCACUGUAAAUCAUUAAGACCGUUGUAUUAAAGAAUAAACUGGCCAUUCCGCGGGUGGUCCAUACUGCCUCCUAAGGAGCGGACCACAGCAUAAAUACAGGCGCAGACUCGGAAGGAGAGGACUCUGAGUGAGAGAUGCUUUGUCUCAUCAGGCUGGAACCAGGUUCUAUCUAGGUAAUCUGAGCAUUCUUACAACAGAUCCUGCCUUCUUCUUUAUCUUGGAAAAUUCCCAUUUCCUAUCUUCUGGAUUUCCUCAGGCUUAACACAUCUCAUGUUAGUGGUGCGUUGUUGGAAUAGGGGAAGAUUGGUUUCCAUUCACUGGUGGGCCUCUGUGUUUGAGAGGAGGCGAGGAAGUGUGUCAGUGACGCUGGAGAGGAAAGAGGCAGCUCGCGGUGUCUGUGGCUUCUCCGGCUCGAGGCUCGCCCCGCGCCGUGCAGAGCGCGCGCACACCGACCCGGGGCGCGACGCUCGCGGGCUCACACCUCUCUAGCCGCGCGGCAGGACCGGGGCAGGACUCGUCUCUCCAGCUCGUACUCCCCUGCACUGGGAUCCAGACUUCAGCCUCUGGCCUCUACUCUCCCACAACUUGAGUGAUGGUGGCUCUGGGGACAGUCUGGGUGAAGAGCUGAAGAGAAGAGCUCUCAACAGGCCGUGAGCAGGCUGCGCGGCGCGGCGGGCAGCGGCCCCGGGGUGCCCGCCGCGGGCAUGAGCCGGAGGCCCCGCGUGGACGGCGUGAGGCUGGGCGGGGAGGACUUCACCCACAAGGGCAGCUUCAUCCACAAGCCCUCGCAGGGCUGGCUGCACCCCGACAAGAAGAUCGCAGGGCCGGGGGUGUCCUACAUAGUCAGGUACAUGGGCUGCAUCGAGGUCCUGAAAUCCAUGAGGUCCCUGGACUUCAACACCCGCACGCAGGUGACCAGGAGCUCCCAGUUUUCCAGGUGCCGCAGGGCCGGCCGCAGGUUUUCGGAAGCGCCGAUCGAGCUCGGCUGGAGCAGGGGAGCAGCCGGUCGGGAGAGGCGCUCUGGGCUCCGCUGUGCUUUUGCUCUCAGAGAGGCGAUCAACAGGCUGUAUGAAGCUGUGCCAGGUGUCAAGGGGGCCUGGAAAAAGAAGGCAAUGAACAAGGCCCUGCAGUGCAUCAUGGGGAAGAGCAACCUGCGCUUUGCGGGCAUGAGCAUCGCGGUCAACAUCUCCAUCGAGGGCCUUAGCCUCCGGAUGCCCGCUACCCGGCAGGUGAUCGCUCACCACCCGAUGCAGUCCAUCUCCUUCGCCUCGGGUGGGGACACGGAUACCCCGGAUUAUGUCGCCUACGUUGCUAAAGAUCCAGUCAACCAGAGAGCCUGCCACAUCCUGGAGUGCUGCGACGGCCUGGCCCAGAGCGUCAUCAGCACCAUCGGACAGGCGUUCGAGCUGCAGUUCAAACAGUACCUGCACAGCCCGCCCAAGGCCAUCACCACCGCCGAGCGGAACAUCAGCACAGAGGAGUCUGCGUGGGGAGACGACGAGGACUCCUCCGAGCACGACUACUACAACAGCAUCCCUGGGAAGGAGCCCCCCAUGGGGGGAGUGGUGGACUCGAGGCUGAGGCCCCCAGGGGCCAUGCUGGGCCACAUUCACAGCCAGCCCCACAGCAGCAGCAAGAGCGCACAGAUGGGUUUGUCUGCACGGAGAGAGGGAGCCCUCCACACCCCCGGGCAGUUGUGCUAUGAGGUUCACUGGGACACUGAGAGCAGCAACAGCUCAGGUACGCCGCCGUCAUUGAUCUGUUUCAAACCGUUCUAGAAACAGCCUCAGAGCCUGUGUGCGCACAGUGGCCAUUAGAGGGCAGCAGAUCACAAGCAGGAUGCAAACACACCAGAAUAGAACAGCAAAAGGUUCAUGUCUAUACCACAAA